GGGUGUGUGGACCCAACAUUACAUCAGAAGGGAGUUCCUUAUCAUUAAUGAGCCUUUAUAAAGGAAAGGUCAGGUAUGAUCCAGAACAUUGGAGACGUUGAGAUGGGACAUUCCUUCACAUCGCUGUGGUGUACCGUGUUCUUCCUGAGCUUAGGUGGUGCGGCUGCUGUUACCAUCGUGAAUGGGAUUCUAGGGAGAUCUGUUUUAUUAAACGCAACUGAUGAUGGGUCAACCUAUUCUUAUAUACAAUGGGAUUUUAACGGUUAUUUAACGGCACAAUACAGUAAUACUUUCUCUUCUUGUACUGGCGAGCUUACAGGAAGAUGUCAGGUAUAUCAUAAUGGAUCCUUGAGAAUUGACAGGGUCUCCUAUAAUGAUGAAGGGAAUUAUACUCUGAAUACACCAAUUCUAGGUUCUAAAACUACAAACUACCAGCUCAGAGUAUAUGGUGGUACCUCGGUGAAUGGGUCUCUUGGGGGAUCUGUUCUAUUGAACGUAACUUACGAAGUGGCAGCAAAUUCUUUAAUACAAUGGAAUUUCAACAGUAUAUUAGUGGCACAAUACAUCAACUCUUCAUCUCACUGUACUGGCCAGCUUGCAGGAAGAUGUCGGGUAUAUCAUAAUGGAUCCUUGGGAAUUGACAACGUCUCCUAUUAUGAUGAAGGGAAUUAUACUCUGAGUACACAAAUUCUAGGUUCUUCUGCUAAAACUACAAACUACCAGCUUAGAGUAUAUGGUCCUCUGACUGCCCCUGUUCUCAGGUCCAACGUUACCAGCGAUCCUAUUAUUAGUGGCACCUACGUGACCCUAGAGUGUGAUGCCGGGAAUCAGAACGUGACUACGUAUAAUUUCUACUGGGGUCGUUAUUUUGUGUGCUCGAACUGCAGGGGAUCAUUCCUGGACUUAAGACCAAUAACUGAAUUUGAAAGUGGAUACUUCACCUGCACCAUCCAGAACCCUUUCAGCAAAAACACCAGCAACACCCUGUCUCUGAAUGUAGUCGGUCCAAUCUCUAAUGUGGUGGUGACCAGUAACAUAUCAGGACUUGUCUGGCCUGGAAUAGAUUCCAUCUCUCUCCGAUGUGCCGCUAAUGCUAGACUUAUCAGCUACUCGUGGAUUCUACAAGGGGCAACAAUAUCUACAGGAAACCGGUUCCAGCUCAGUGCCGAUAACUCCACGCUCACUAUCAGCCCGGUCACCACCAGUGACAAUGGGACUUUUAUAUGUACGGCUACAAAUGUUUUAAGCAGCCUGAACAGCAGUGAAGUAAAGCUCAACCUGGCCUCUCCAGUCUCGGCAGUGACACUGGUCAGUAACACUUUAGGAGACGUCUGGUCAGGACAGGACUCGGCAUCUCUAUUUUGCUCAGCUCAGGGUUCAGCCAUCAAAUUUUCCUGGAGACUGAAUGGAAAUCCAGUGUCUCCUAACCCUCCAUAUUACAUUACUCAGAGCAAUUCUCCUCCAAGCUCCAAUCUCAUCAUCAGCCCCGUCUCCAAGAUUGACGCUGGACUCUUCACCUGUACAGCAUCCAACCGGGAAAACAGUGAGACCAGCACUGAAAUCAGUCUCAGUAUGAACUGGUUUCCUGAUGGAAAUAUUCUCUGUACUGCAGAAUCCAUUGACCGGAAUAUACAGCUCGGCUGUUCCUGGCUAGAAGGAAAGCCGGCAGCUAAUGUGACCCUGAGAUUUAAUAAUAGAGAAUAUAAAGGCACCGAACAAGUGUUCCUAAAUGUGACUAGUUAUAUCAACUGGCAAAAUCUCAUUUGUUAUGGUAAUCAGCUGGAAAAGACCUCAGUCUGUGCGUUACCACUAGAGCCUCCAAACUCUCCGGACUCUCCGGAUAACACACUAAUUUCAUAUACAGAAGGUGAUACAGCCGUCCUAACAACAAACCUAUCAUCUGGAUACCAGUCCUCAUUUCAGGUCCUUCCUGCUCAGUUCUCCUGGUUCCGUGAUUUCGACAAUAGUCCUAUUCAGACUGGUGGUAAAUUCAGUGUGAACUCCACGGACUAUGCGUCAACUCUCAAGAUCGAUCCGGUGUAUAAGUCAGAAUCUGGAAUAUAUAAAUGUAUAGCCAGGAAUAUCAUUGGAAGGACAACCUUCCUCUUUUAUGUCGAAGUAUCAGAAAAAUAUAGUCCCGGACUGGAUGGCGGACAGACAGCUGGUAUAGUUAUAGGAGUCCUCGCUGGUGUCGUCAUAAUAUUAACCAUCGUGUUCUUCAUAUUAAAGAAAAGAAAGACCACAAGAGUUGAUGAAGAUUUUCCACCAGCUAACACUUAUGACACUAGACCCCCGGGAGCGUGGAUUGAUAGAGCACCGCCCAAGAAUGGAGAAUCAAAUUAUCAGGGAUUGGUAUACCAUAUUGUGAUGCCAGGACCUGGAAAAUAAGAUGGCGUGUUUGUCUCGGGUCUAUUAUCUGCACGUUCAACAAUUAUAUUAUGUAUUUUUAUAUAACUCUAAUUCAUGUUUAAUUGAUUAUGCAAUGUUAUAUUGUAUUGCUUCCUGGGAUAAUUCAACACAUUUGACCAAAGAAUCAAAAUUUCAAAAAUGGUCGCUGUUGUUUCAAACAAAUUGCCUCUUUUUAACCAGCUAUGCAAUUUCCAACAUGUCUGAAAAUGAAUUAAUUACUAAAAAAAAAAAGAGUCCUUACCCCAGAAAAAAAAAAGUCUAGGUCAGUAGUAACAGAGAGAUAAAGACAGAACAUAGGAAGGGAGGUAGAGCUUAACUACUGCUAUGUGCAGGAGAGAGAGCAUGGGAACCUGGGCUGUGCACCUACAAUUGUGAGUCUGUCUCCGUCCUCCAGAGGAUCCACAGUUUCCCUGAAAGAUAAAUCAAGGCUUCCUUCUCCCCUCAGCAGCAGCAGCAAAUCCAGUGCAUCAGUAACCCCUUCUACCCCCACAUGCUAUCUACUGUAGUAUCCUGUAAAUCAUCCCCUAGCACAGUGCCAGCCUGUUCAGUCCAGUGAUCUUAGCACUAAAAUCAUAACCUCUAUGGUGUGUUAACCUAGCAAAACCAUGCCGGUUUUUAAAAAUCUUUUUAAAUUACAGUGAUCCCUCAACUUACAAUGGCCUCAACAUACAAUAGUUUCAAUAUACAAUGGUCUUUUUUGGACCAUUGUAACUUGAAAUCAGACUCGACAUACAAUGUACAGACAGUCCAGAUCUGUGAAACGUGUCAAUGGCCGGAAGAACCGACCCAUCAGAAUGGGCAUUUACACCUGUACUACUGAAGUGUAUGCACUGACUGACUGUCUGGUAGUGCCUCCCUACAAUACAGGGAGGUAUUACAUGUUCUGUACUCUUUACCUGUAUUACUGAAGUGUAUGCACUGACUGGUGUAUGGUAGCGCCCCCUACAGUACAGGGAGGUAUUACAUGUUCUGUACUCUUUACCUGUAUUACUGAAGUGCUUGCACUGAUUGGUGUCUGGUAGCGCUCCCUACAGUACAGGGAGGUAUUACAUGUUCUGUACUCUUUACCUGUAUUACUGAAGUGCAUGCACUGACUGUCUGUCUGGUAGCGCCCCCUACAGUACAGGGAGGUAUUACAUGUUCUAUACUCUUUACCUGUGCCACAGUUAGCUUCUCCUUAGGACACCCGGUAAGGGCGGCUACAUUUUGCGUGUACUGUACAGGACCCUGAACAAGCUCCUCUCCUCUAUAAAGACCAGUCUUUCCCAA